ACGAUGUUCCGCGGCCCAGGCCGCCUCCUCCGGGCCCCCGUAGCGCCUGCCGCGGCCCUGGCUGCGGCGCUGCUCUCGUCGCUGGCGCGCUGCUCCCACCUGGAGUCGGGGGAUCCCGUGGCCUCGGCGCUCAGCCCCUACUUCGGCACCAAGACCCGCUACGAGGAUGUCAACCCCGGGCUGCUGCCGGACCCCGAGGCGCCGCAGCGGGACCCGGAGUUGCUGGAGGGGACCUGCACGCCGGUGCAGCUGGUUGCCGUCAUCCGCCAUGGCACCCGCUACCCCACGGCCAAGCAGAUCCGCAAGCUGCGACAUCUGCAUGAGCUGCUGCAGGCCCGCCGGCCGGGGGACGAGAAGGCCGGGGGUGCUGGCGGCCAGGACGUGGGCGCUGCGCUGGCCAACCGGCCCCUGUGGUACGCCGACUGGAUGGACGGGCAGCUGGUGGAGAAAGGGAAGCAGGACAUGCGACAGCUGGCGCAGCGGCUAGCCGCGCUCUUCCCGUCCCUUUUCGACCGCGAGAAUUUCGGGCGCAUGCAGCUCAUCACUAGCUCCAAGCACCGCUGCGUGGACAGCGGUGUCGCCUUUCUGCAGGGCCUGUGGCAGCACUACUACCCCGGGCUGCCUCCGCCGGACGUCUCAGACAUGGAAUGUGGACAUCCAAGAAUUAAUGAUAAACUAAUGAGGUUCUUUGAUCAUUGCAAGAAGUUUUUAACUGAAGUAGAAGGAAAUGCGACAGCUCUUUACCAUGUAGAAGCCUUCAAAACUGGACCAGAAAUGCAGGGCAUUUUAAAGAAAGUUGCAGCUACUUUACAAGUGCCAUUGAAUCAUUUAAAUGCAGAUUUAAUUCAAGUAGCUUUUUUCACGUGUUCAUUUGAUCUGGCAAUUAAAGGCAUUAAAUCUCCUUGGUGUGAUGUUUUUGACAUAGAUGAUGCAAAGGUAUUAGAGUAUUUAAAUGAUCUGAAACAAUACUGGAAAAGAGGAUAUGGUUAUACUAUUAAUAGCCGAUCCAGCUGCAUCCUGUUUGAGGAUAUCUUUCGACAUUUGGACAAAGCAGUUGAACAGAAACAAAGGUCUCAGCCAAUUUCAUCACCCGUCAUCCUCCAGUUUGGUCACGCUGAGACACUUCUCCCACUGCUUUCUCUCAUGGGCCUCUUCAAAGACAAGGAGCCCCUAACCGCUUACAAUUAUAAAGAACAAACGCACCGGAAGUUCCGAAGUGGUCAUAUUGUACCCUAUGCCUCCAACCUGAUCUUUCUGCUUUACCACUGCAAGAACGCGAAGACGCCUAAAGAAGAGUUCCGAGUGCAGAUGUUGCUGAACGAAAAGGUGUUACCCUUUGCUCACUCUCAAGAAACUGUUUCUCUGUACGAGGACCUAAAGAACCAUUACAAGGACAUCCUUCAGAGCUGUCGGGCCAAUGAUGAAUGUGAGCUUCCAAAGACAAACAGCACCUCUGAUGAGCUCUGA